AUGGCGUAUCAGCUGGGUCAACUGGACCGUCGAAAUGGAUGGAGGAAAGGUGGAUUCCCCAUCCGUGGAGGGAAGGUGGACGUCGGCGAUUAUCAGGAAGUUGGGGGCAUCGCCCGAGGUGUGGGUGCCCAGAAUGAGCCUCUCCACGGCAACGGACGAGGAGGAAGAGCGUGGCAGCCACUGUACUGUGAGGGACGGCCAUUCCAAGGGGUGAGAGAUGAGCAAGUCGUAGAGAAAGGGAGAAUUCUUCUUCCACACGCUGUACUCCUCUCCCCCCGUCGCAUCCCCAUCGUCCUCCGCCAUCGCCGCAGCACCUCCCUCUUCCCUCGCCGCCAUUUCCCCUCCACCCCUGGACUGACCUUUUCCCGCCAAGAGGCCUGGCUCAUCGUAUAGGGUUCUUGAUCAGAGAUGCGGUCCGCUACCUCGCGGGCGCACAUUUAGACCCGAGACCAAAGAGCAGACUUCUUACAAAAAUGGAGACGAGCCAAUAAAUAAUUUGUAAUGACAUUUUUUUAUUUUUCAUUUUUAAAAAUACAAAAUAGACAGCUUCUUCAGAAAAGCUAAAAUCAUACACAAUACAGUCGUCAAAAAUAAAAUUAAAAAAAAUUCUCUUUUGCCCCCUUUCUUACAAUCGCAGCCGAGGCUGA